ACAUGAGUCUUAAAUCGCUGUUAAAACCAAGCGUUAUAAGCAAGCUGUUUGAGCCUGUUGCUGCUUCUAAUGUGUUAAAAACCUCUCAAAUUAAGUCUUACGUCCACACAACACCCAAAGAGCAAGGUAAAGUUGUCGAAAAAUUCGUGGACGAAAUUACGUCUGUUACUAAAAUGUCGGAAGCGGAUUAUAAAGUUCUAAAACAAGUUAAAACCCCUCCAAAAGAAGUGGAAUUUCGAGGCAGCAAUUUUAACUUUCCUUGCCUUAACAGGAGAUUUUUAGAUGGACCCGAACCUACAUACCAUAAGAUUGAGGGUGGUUACAAAACAUAUCAUCAUAAACAGCCUUUUCAUUUUUAUUAUAAUGAUGGCGUCCUGCCAGAAAUUGAGGUUGCAUACGAAACAUGGGGAAAUUUAAACAGCAAUGCCACAAAUGCUAUUCUGCUUUACACUGGUCUAUCUGCAAGUUCACACGCUGCCAGUCAAGAGGACAACAUGAAGCCUGGUUGGUGGGAGAAAUUCAUUGGACCAGGACGGCCUUUGGACACAAAUAAGUUCUAUGUGAUAUGUGCCAAUCAGCUGGGUGGAUGCUAUGGGACAACAGGCCCUUCAUCCAAAAACCCCCUAAAUGGAGAAUAUUACGGCACCCAUUUUCCCAUGGUUAGCAUUAAAGACAUGGUGGAAAGCCAGAUGCAUUUAUUAACCCAUCUUGGAAUUGACAAGGUUUAUGCAGCAGUUGGUUCAUCACUUGGUGGAAUGUGUUCGAUUGCAAUGUCAAGUCUUUACCCUGAUAAAGUAGCAAGGGUCAUUUCAAUCUCUGGUUGUGCGAAAACCCAUCCCACGUCUAUCGCAUUGCGGUAUCUGCAACGUCGGUGUAUUAUGGAGGAUCCAGACUGGAAAGUGGGACAUUAUUAUGAGGGUGAGUACCCACUUAAGGGGAUGAAACUGGCAAGAGAAAUCGCAACCAUGACGUAUAGAAGUGGGUUGGAGUGGGAGAAAAGGUUUGGGAGGUUAAGGUUGCCAGGGGAAGAGCCUUCUUUGUGCCAUAACUUUGAGAUUGAGCAAUACAUUGAGUACCAGGGGCUACAGUUUGCAACCAAGUACGAUCCGAACUCAUUGCUUUAUAUAUCAAAGGCUAUGGAUUUAUUUGAUAUCAAUGAGUUUUACGAAGAUGAGGAGAGCAGCGGACUUUCCCGCAUUAAAUGUCCAACGCUUGUAAUGGGAGUAACCACUGAUCUAUUGUUCCCUGUUAAACAACAAAGGGAUUUAGCACAGGGCCUUAAAAGAUCAGGUAACAGCAGCGUGACUUAUUACGAGUUAAAUUCAAUUUAUGGCCACGACACUUUCCUACUUGACUUAAACAGCGUGGGAACAGCAGUCAAAGGGUUUCUUGAAACACAAAUGUCGGUUAAUGGUAACCUAUCUAAAAGUGAUGACUCCAUUAUAUUGUAAGGAUCCCAUUAUAUUGACAUUAUAGCUGCUACAGUGGGUUGUUAUUGCGUUGUAGGCAAUUGUAUUAUUGGCGGUGUAGUCUUAGAAUAUUUCUCGUUUAAAUCAAAUGAAAUUAUGUAAUUUAAGGUUUAGGUUACUGUUGUGUUACUUUAUUUUUUCUUAGUUAUGCAGUAGCAAAUAAGAUUGGUUGUUAAACCUUUAACUAACCCAUGGAAUGUUGUUUUCAAAGACCUCAAUUUAUUUUAUAGUAAUGAAUAAAAUUCGGAUUCUUAUUUUACAACAAUAUAACACCUGAAACAAAAUUCUCUAAUUAAGUGCUUCUCAACCUUUGGUUUGUGACCCAAAAAAGGGGUCACAGUUUAGUGACUAUGGUAGUUCAUAAGGCAUUUGACUGUGUUUGUAAAAGUUAAACUUUUUUGUUGAAUGCUUAAAAAAAGUUGUGAGAAAUGUAGAUUUAGAAUUUGGGUUGUCAUUUUGCUGUUAAUUUAUGUUUUAUUUUUUGGUUACAGCUAAAUCGUUGAGAAGCACCAUAAAAAAUAUUGUUGUUAAGCCUUAUGCCCGAUUCUGUAUGUUUUGUUAUGCCCUUUAGCAUUAUCAUUUUUUUCAUAAAUGCAUUUACUAACACGCCUGAAUACGUCAAUUUUGCAAUAAUAUUAUCUUUCCUAUACUUUUGUUUAUAAUUUCCUUUUUGUUUUCAGUGUGUUCAAUACCAACAAUCUUUUUUACAAUAGUUUAGUUUGGCCAAAAUAACAACUUUUAUGCAAUAACUUAAGCCAAAUAUGAUAUAAAUGAACCGACGUCGAUAUAUACAUGACCAAACGUUUUAUACCGCCCUCUUCUGACCGACUGUAAGCAUAUAUUACUACCGCUAAUCGGCGCUAACGGUUGCGCUUAAAAUUAUUCUGUUUUUUUAACCUGCUAUUUGUUUACGCAUUUUGAUUUACAAUCGUGCAUUUCAGUAUUUCAUUAUUAGGUCAUACACGCGUAAGUAACACCACGAUAUUAAAUCUUUAAAAUAGA